CUCACGAAACUCCUGACGUUCAGAUAUUUGUUCAGUGCAGUAGUCUGCGUCAUUUAGGCGUCCGGGUCAUAGAAACAUGCACACAAAAGCCUUUGUUAAAUCUGUAUUAACUAAAACAAAAGAUAGAAGUCUAUGUAUCCGUGCGAGUGCAUGUGCGCCUGCCUGCGCGCGCACGUUUCUCCUCAUCUGAACGAGUUGGGAUUUGAAAGUUGGAGCUGCCGGGGAGCCCGGUGUGUUUUGACGCCGCAGAAGUCGUGUGCGGGUUUUGUUUAUGUUACAAACGGGCGGAAAGUGAAUGAAGAGGCUUGUGGCCUGCUGUCUGUCAGAUCUCCUACCUCUACUCAUCCACCUCCUGAACACUCGUAAUAUUCCCUUGCUGUGAUGGAUGCAGAGGUGGUUCUCCAGGAGGAGGACAUGGAGGGCUCGUGGACGCUGCUCUCCUGGUUGGCAUCAUUUGUAAUGGUGUUUGGGGGAGCCCUGCCUUAUGUGCCGCAAUAUCAGGAGAUCCAGAAAAGCAGCAACACUGAGGGAUUCUCCACCAGAGUCUGUCUGGUGCUGCUCAUAGCUAACAUCUUGCGUAUAUUUUUCUGGAUAGGGAAGCAGUUUGAGCUGACCCUGCUGCUUCAGAGUGUGGUGAUGAUUCUCACCAUGUUUGCCAUGCUCCACCUUUGUUGCACUGUGCAAAACACCAACAGAGUCAGCACCAAGCAGCAUCACCUUUCAGACCUGAACUUGCAUUACUUCUGGAAGUGGAGCGCCUUUGAGGACUACCUCCUCUUCUGCUUCGGCUUCACCGUCGUGUGUGCAGUCAUCACCCUGCUGCUGCUGGACUCCGCGGUGUUUGUGGAGACUUUGGGUUCGCUGGCCGUGAUGUUCGAGGCCAUGCUGGGCAUCCCGCAGCUGCUGCAAAACUUCCAUAAUCGCUCCACAAAAGGCAUGAGUGUGAAAAUGGUGCUGCUGUGGACGGCUGGUGACGUCUUCAAGACCACCUAUUUUGUGAUGAAUGAAAGCCCGGCGCAGUUCUGGGUGUGCGGUUCAGUCCAGAUCCUGAUUGAUGUCGCCAUCCUCCUCCAGGUCCUGUUUUACAGCCAAGACACACGAGCCAAGCUGGGCUGAGCAUGGCUGUUACAGUGACUAGCAUAAUAGCUCGAGUGUUUGAGUAAGUUUGGAGGACUCUGAUGACUUCACGCCCGUUAGAACAUGCUGCAGCGUUGAUAACGUUUAGUGCCAGAGUAAGGACAAACCAAAGUCAAAUAGUGUGUUUGUUUGUUUUUCUUUGGUGUGUUUGUUCAUUUCUUUUACUGUUCAUACUAUUCUAGUGUCAAAGAGAACCAACUGAGUUACCUGUAAAUGCCAUAAAGCCAAAAUUCAUGCAUUAGCAUCUUUACUCAUGCCCUAGCACCUAAAUGCAUUUGCCUGUACAUUUGUACUUAUUUUGCUACGUCUCCUGAAGUGUAGUGGGCAUGGAAAUUGUAAGGAGGAUGCAUUACUCAUAUUGGCAGCUCACUAACGACAAAUAUGUGCUUCUGUAAUGGCAACCGUAACAACCAGUCCUGCACUGGUAAGCCUCCACUGGACCCUGCCGCCUGACUGAUGGCUCUCCCACUUCACACUCCUCACUUCACUGGACUGUUUCUCAUGAUACAUAAUAUGUGAGCUUGUCUGCGCCUUUGCAUGUGUGCGAGGUUGUCGUUCUCUCUGGUGUGUUAGUGUAGCUGAAAUUGAUUUUCGCCGUUGGCAUCGAGAGCCAAGCCAAAGCUUCAGAAUGUACAUCGAGUAAUCUACACAGGCCAUCAAUCUGUGUGUUAUAUAUUGUGGUUUGAUUGACGUGCAGUACAUGUCUCCACACAGUAUACAUGGAAAUAUGAAAAAUGUGGUUUGCACUUUUCCUCAGCUGCAAAUUGUGUUAUGGGCAUCGGAAACACAGCAGACUUCAGGGCAACUAAACUUCUCGAGGAGACAGUGUUACUGAGUCUUUGUGGAAUUGCAAUUGCUGCCAGUGUAUUUAGGUUAGGCUGUUUUUUCUCAUCUUUUCCUCAUUCAAAAUGAGGAAAGAUCGUAUACAUAUAUAUAUUUAUUUACUUUGGUUAUUGACUAGAUGGUGUCCACACCCAGUAAAUAUGUGCUGCUUACAGAUAUUAAAAAAGGUUGAUUUUUUAAUGUUUUAACCAAGUGAGAUUUUAUUUCGAUCAAAAUUUGUUUUAGAGACUAUCGAGAGAAUUUAAAAACAUCAGUUUCGGUGAUGGAGCACAGUCAUCGGCAUUAUAGACAGUCAUGGUUUUGCUGCCUCUAGUUUUCUUCUUUUUCUUAAACUUUAUCGUUAAGUCGAAGCCUUUCAUUAUCAAACCCAUCAUUAAAAUCAAAGGUGAUUUUAUUUUCAGGAACAGGAAAUUCUUUUAGUAAUCAUUUCCUUUUCUGAUUGGUUCACUGAUACACUCGCUGUGAUUUUAAUAGGACACUCAGUCUAACUGGUGCAGGUGGCUGAUUCUUCACUUACUCCAUAAAGUUAAGUGGUGCAAAAAUAUUUUUUUUCCCAGUCUCGUUGUUCCAGACCAAUUAUGUGUCUUUCUAAUUUUGUUUCCUCAUUUUAAAACAUAAUCAGGCUUAUGUGCACUGAUUUAUUUGUAAAACACUGAAAAAUAGCUCAUUAAAGCUGGAACUGAAUGGCGGUAACAUAAGUAUCCAACACUCGGCGACCACAGGCAUGACUAAGGCUACGUUCACACUGCAGGUCUUAAUGCUCAAUUCCGAUUUUUUGAUCAAAUCCGAUUUUUUUGUCUGCUUGUUCACACUACAAAUAAAAUGUGACAGCAAACGCGCUCUAGUG